GGCCAGGGGCGGGUAGACGCUAACCGUGCAGUAUGGCGGACGAUGGCGACAACCCGACCGCUCCGCUCGACACCAGCGGCGGCCAGGACGCGGCAGAGGAGCUCGGCGACGGCGGGGGGCUCGGGCUGGGCGGGAUGCUGCUGAACGUUGCCGUGUUGCUGGCAGUGGUAGCGGCGUGCGUUUCGCUCUAUCGCCGCUGGGCCAGGCGGCUCGGCGCGGACGGCGCGGCCCGGGGCGACGAGGCCUCGGCGCUCCCCAAGAUGAGGCGGCGGGACUUGACGCUGGAGCAACUGCGCGAGUACGAUGGGCUCCGGAACCCCCGCAUCCUCAUGGCCGUCAAUAUGAAAGUGUUCGACGUGACCAGCGGGAAGAAGUUCUACGGGAAAGAGGGUCCGUACGGGGUGUUUGCGGGUCGUGAUGCAUCCCGAGGCCUGGCCACCUUUUGCCUGGGCAAAGGCGCUCUGAAGGACGAGUACGACGACCUGUCAGACCUCAGCGCCGUCCAGAUGGAGAGCGUCCGAGAGUGGGAGAUGCAGUUCAUGGAGAAGUACGACUAUGUGGGCCGGUUGCUGAAGCCCGGCGACGAGCCCUCCGAGUACACGGACGAGGAGGACGUCAAGGAGCACCCCAAACACGACUGACUGCUUCCUUGCUCCCUAAUUUCCUUGCUUCCUUUCUUCCUUCCCCCUUCUGAGCUCAUAACCACCCAGGACCCGCCACCAUCUUGGGCCUCACUCUCCGCUCUCCACCUAUUCUUCUGGACGGGCUUCAGGAAACCUUCUUUUGACUCUCCCUCACAUUGGCACUUGCUUGUGACGCCAGUCAAUCAAGCCAUCCGCCAAUCAAUCACUUCACUCCCUUGGGCAUAUAUGUGGCAGUACCAAAGGUGGUGCUCUCUUUUGUUGAUGAUGUCCAGUAUCUUAGGGCGGGUGAAUGAAGGAGGGGGGGUGGGGGGGUGUCAAGGAUAGGGGUCAAAGGGUAGUUGAUUGGCGUUCUUAAUCAAUCGAUUCAGUUGUUUACAAGCCAGCUACAAGUCUGUAGGCCCGCCCCCAAAUCCGUCUCGUGGUCGACUUUCAAAAAGUGAAUGGUCCAAGUAUUAGUCGUGCCUUAUUUGCUUUGUCGUUCCUGGUGGAGAAGCCCCCGACCCUCCCCACCAAAAAAAAAAAAAAAAGGCACAUGCUGAUUUGUCCAAUUUAUCGACUGUAUAUAACUAGCGCUUAGGACUCAAGUCAGUCACUCAGUGUUACUGCCAUCUUCAUGUCGUCCACUUUUUGUUUUUCUUCAGCAAAAUCACCCCCCCCACACACACACACACACCACCACCACCAGACAGUUUCUGCCCCCCCUUUUCCAUUUUCUAUGCGUGUUUGUUAGUUUGGGGGAAUGUUGCAGACAGUGUACAUAAUAAAUAAUAUCCAUGGUUUUCUUCAAGCAUGUGCAACACAACCGUGAGUUUGGCCCCUUUGCCACCGUGUUACGUAUUUAAUGUCAGCUGAGUGUGUGUGUACGUGUGUGAAAGUAUGUGCGUGCGUGUGUGUUUGCGCGCCAGGCAGGAAGGGAUUUGUUCAUGCAAAAUAAAUGGUUUGGUUAAUAAUUGA